AAGCAAAAAACCGCACAAAUUCCCCGCCCUCGCUCGCAAAAUACUGGAAAGAAGUCUCACUCGAAAGUCGAAACAGAGUGAGUGAGCAUGGAGACACAUGAAAGUGAAAGAGUAGUUCCAUUUCAGCUUCAAUUCGACAAGCCUAUUGCUUCCCAGAUAAAAAUAGCUGAAUGGAACCCAGAGAAGGAUCUUCUUGCAAUGGUUACGGAGGAAUCAAAACUGCUUCUUCAUCGUUUCAAUUGGCAGAGGCUCUGGACUAUUUCUCCAGGGAAGAUAACAUCGCUAUGCUGGCGUCCAGAUGGAAAAGCAAUAGCAAUUGGGCUUGAAGACGGAACGAUUUCAUUGCAUGAUGUGGAAAAUGGAAAACUUCUGCGGAGCAUAAAAUCCCACACAGUUGCCGUUAUAUGUCUCAAUUGGGAGGAGGAUGAAGAAAAGGAUGAGAAUGGUAAUAUCCCGAGUUAUGAAGACCGUACUUCACGUUUCUUUCCGCCUCCCCCAAGAGUUCCCAGGAUGCCUGGACUUGUACCUGGGGAUAGUGGUUUCAUGGAUGAGGCUGAAGAUUCAUUCAGAGAGCUAUCAAAUUCUUCACAUCAACGAUAUAACAUAUUAUGCAGUGGGGACAAGGAUGGAAACAUAUGUUUCAGUAUCUUUGGCAUAUUCCCAAUAGGAAUAAUUAAUCUGCACAGUCUUAUUGUUGACAGUUUGGUUCAAAGAGGCCAUUCGUCUAACCAACUCCUGAAUGCUUCCAUUUGUAAUGUCUCUUUGUCAAAAGAUCUUUGCCAUUUGGUAGUCAUGUGCAGUGGGGACCUCUCCAUAGCUAGUCUUGAAGUAGGUGCAAAGCAGAUGUCUAAUCAUGUGUUAACAGGAUUCCAUUGCCUAGUUCUUGACACUUCAAUUUUUUCCAAAAGGAAAAAUGAGCUUUAUCAGGUGGCUCAACAGGCUUCCAACAUUGAAGAUUUAGGCGAAGUUAUCCGGGCAUCACUAUCAGUCAUGUCUAAGCAGUGGUCUGAUGCCAUGCACACUUUUAAUGAAAAGUUCAAUGCUUUAUCCUCCCUCAUUAUUGACCAUGGAAUUGACUCCAGUCCUCAAGAGGAGUUUCUGAGCCUUUUGGGUGGGGCCAGGACAAGCCCAGCAGUUCAUCAAUUUUUAGUCAACUCACUUGGUGAAGCGGGUCUUAAGAGGGUGGGAAAGGUAGUUUGUGGUGCUGGAAAAGAGCUUCAGCUGGUAGUACUUGAUCAUCUACAGCCUGCUGCAGAAAUUAUUGGAUUUAGAAUUGGAGAACUUCAAGCCCUUUCCAAAUGGCGUGCUCGCUAUCAAGGUAUUGGUUUGGAUGAGAAAUUAAUGGGUAAUGCAACAGAGAAUGCUGGAAUGUUUCUCAUACAAGUUGAACGAUUUACGAGGGUUUUAUGUACUGUGGUCCAGCAGUUUUCAAAUUUUUUCAGUUGGCUUCUGAAAUCCGUGAAGAUAUUGAUGUCUGAACAAAGUGAUCAGCUUCAACCUUUCAGUAGUGAACUUGUCAUUUUAUUCCUGAAGUUUCUCUAUGACCAAGAUCCUAUAAAACAGUUGCUGGAAUUAUCUGAAGGUGAUCAUUCCAUAGAAGUCGACUUGGAAACAAUGCAAAGAAUUAAAGAACUUGCACAUUUUGGUGGGUUCUUAGAUACUGCAUUCUUGAAAAGGACAUUAGCAGAAGAAUUUCAACAAAUGGAGAGUUGUUUCCAGGAGGCUUUUCAGAUGCCCUUUGCUACUAUUUCCAAGAGAAUACUAUGUAAGGAUCUGCUCCCUCUUUUUCCUAUGGCUGCUUCAACAGUGAAGUCCUCCAUAAUCCCAGCAUCUAUAUCAUACUACAAGCACUUUCUAUUGCAGGAGGAUUUACCUGAAAGUUCAGAUUGUGAAACUAGUCAACAGAGGCUUACUGAUUACAUUUCCUUCAGAGUACCUGAUAAUUCCAUCUCAAAUAUCACAAACUGCAUUGGCGUAGUAAGGGGGGUCAUACAUGAUAUGGGCAAUUCAGAGAAAGGAUACACUUCAUUAGAAGCUUCCCUCUUAUGCAUUCCUGAUGGCUACAAUUGUGUGGAUCUAUCAUUAUAUAAGGAUUCACAACUUGUUUUACUACUAGAUGAAAUUACUGCUAGUUCUGAGGGCUCUGGAAAUGCUUAUAUGAUGAUUCUCCAAGCUGGUGGCCUCCCAUUUGUAUCCAUCUCAAGAUCUUCCAGUCUGAACUCAUGGAAGGUUCUUCAACUUAAGGAUUGUCUCAUGCAAUUGACACUAGAAAGUGAAAAGGUUCGAGGAAUACCUCACUCUGUCAUACCACCCUUGGCAGUGAGUGCUUCAAGAGGUGUGGCUUGUGUUUUUGCUGCAAGAAAGCGUGCUUUAGUUUACAUCCUGGAUGAAGAUGAGGAUGAAAUCUCAGAUGCAGAGUGAAGACACUGCUGUCUGUUCUCCAGGUGCGAGUCUGCUUUCAUGUAAAUUUUCCUAAAACUUUCCCAUCUUUUAUUUGUAUGCACAUGUAAAAACCUGAGGACAAGCAAUUCUAGUCAGGAUGUGAGGUUAUGCAUUAUCCUUGUCCAGUUAACUGCAAGAAUCUUUAGUAUUCACAUAUUUACCGAGUAUUUGAAAUCUUGAGCA